UCAGCUGUGUGUGUGUGUGUGUGUUGUGUUCAGUAAUAUCUCUGUGUAUGGCAGCUGGAGCUCAGGGAGCCGCACAGACACGAUGCACAGCCUCACUCCUCAUGUGUACUGGGCUCAGCGGCACCGAGACAUCUACCUCCGGGUGGAGCUGAGCGAUGCCAAGAAUCUCGACAUCAGCCUGCAAGAAAACAACACACUACAGUUCAGAGCACAGGGCCACGGAGCUAAAGGAGAUAAUGAAUACAGGUUCAGUUUGGAGUUCCUGGAACCUGUUAGACCCGAGAUCAGCCAUAAGUCCACCCAGCGUCAGGUGGACAUCAAGAUCAGGAAGCAGGUGGAGCGCUGGUGGGGCCGGCUGACCCUGCAGGAGAAGAAGCCUCUGUUUUUGGCUCCUGACUUCGACCGCUGGCUGGACGAGUCCGACGCCGAGAUGGAGCUUCAGGCUAAGGAGGAGGAGAAGAUAAACAGGAUAAGUGUGGAGUCCAGAGUUCGUAAAGACCCCUACCUUGGGCUGAAGAAAGGCUACUUGUUCAUGUACAACCUGGUGCAGUUUCUGGGAUUCUCCUGGAUCUUCGUCAACAUGACUGUCCGACUCUUCAUCCUCGGUCAAGAUUCGUUCUACGAUACCUUCCACACCACGGCCGAUAUGAUGUAUUUCUGUCAGAUGAUGGCCGUGCUGGAGGUCAUUAAUCCCUUGUUGGGUCUGGUUAAGACUGGAUUUUUACCUGCUAUGAUACAGGUGGCUGGCAGGAACGUCAUUCUGUUCGUUAUCUUCGGCAGCCUGGAGGACAUGCAGAACAAACCCGUCGUCUUCUUCGUGUUCUACCUGUGGAGCACCAUCCUCCUCUGCAGGUAUCCCUUCUACAUGCUGGCCUGCAUCAGCACAGAGUGGAAGCUGUUGACGUGGCUCAGAUACAGCCUGUGGAUCCCUCUCUACCCGCUGGGGGUUGUGGCUGAAGCGGUGGCGGUGAUCCAGUCCCUGCCCAUCUUCGAUGAGACGCGUCUGUUCAGCCUCCCCCUCCCUGCCGUGCUCGGACACUCUUUAAGCUUCUCCUACACUCUGCAGCUCUACCUGGUCCUCAUGUUCUUGGGACUCUUCAUCAAUUUCCGACACCUGUACAAGCAGAGGAGGAGACGGUACCGCUCGAAGAAAAGGAAAGUCCACUAACUGAUCAGCGCCAUUAUUUUGCACACCCUCUGAACUUCCGUACACUUAAAGAUAACGCAGCUGUUUUAUUUUCCUUUAAUUGCCUUUUUCCCACACACACUCGCGCUCUCUCUCUCUCUCUCUCUCUCUCCUCACACACCUGUUGGAGUACUGCUCACCUUAUUCCUCCACUGGGUGAACUUUUAACCUUCUCCAGACCAAAUCCUGUAAAUGCUACUGUACCAGCUCAACGACUCACUGUUGAACGGACGUCACCUAAACUCUCUGUACAGGUCGACCCUGUGCUUUACUACUGUGAGUUUGAGUUGCUAACCAUGUUUAUUGUGUCCAUAUUUAUCAUGAUUUCUGUCUGCCGUCACUGUUUAAGGUUUUGUUAUUUUUCAUAAUUUCUGAAAUAUUUUGCUCAUUUUUCUGUUGAUUUCCUUGUUUGGGGACAUGAGAGAAGUGUUAACUUCAUUAACACAGUAAAGAAAACGAUUUCUGUGUACAAACACCUGUUCAUGGAACUUUUAAUCUUUUAAUCCACUGAUUACAAAUCACAGAUUCAUCACAAUCGACCUUUAUUAACCGUUAUAUUGUUGUUACGUGUUGAUGCAAUUUAAAGCCAAUACAGUUUUGAUAUUCUCUCUGUUGUGGUGCAUUCAAGGACACUUCACAGUGUGAGAAUUUAGAAUUUUUAUGGGUUUUAUUGUCUGAAAGAAGAUUUAAUUCUCAAACGUCUGAACGCACUUAAACGCACCAUGAGAGAUUUUAAAUUGUUCCUGCUUUGCAACUGCGUGAAAAAAAAACACAGCAAUCUCACGUCAGUGUCAACUCUCUGCAAGUUGAUUUUGAACUUGUAGAUUCUUCAGUCGUUGUGAUGUAAAAACUUUACACUAGUGGAAGUUUAUAAGCUAAAAUUCCACUUUUAUGGUUCUUGAAUCAAUAGAGGAAAUAUUUUAAAUGCCAUUGCAUGAAAACACUGUGGCUCUUAACUGUCAGUUUUAGAUUUAGAGCUGUUUUUCUCUAACACUGAGCCUUGGGUGAAGCCUUCAGAAGAAGCCUCAUUCACUGCUUUGAAUAUUAACAAAGUCAUGCAAAGUACUGUAAAAGGAGAUAUUUAUAACUGCUUUUCUGACACAACACGCAAUCCUACCGACACACACACGUUUGUGCUUUUACCUCACGACCGGAAAAUGUUUUUUUUUGUCUCGUGAAACACAUGACACGCCUCAAAACGAUGAGAUGUAAACUGUGAGUGAAAACCUAAUGAAGUUUAUGACCCCUGAAUUCCUGUUUUAAAGACAUGAAAUAGACGUCAGGAAAGAUUUAAAGUUGAUUAAGAUCAAACUUUGCAGCCUGUUCGCAUCACUGAAGAAGGGCAGAGAUGUAUUUUUCUACAUGUUUGACCCGUGAAGUUUCAGUCUGUACGACGUUCAUUGGGGGGGAUAGAUAGACUGAUAGAUAGAUAGAUAGAUUAAUAGGAUGAUA